GUCUCUCUCUCUGUUUUUUUCUCCACUAGCACAAUAAUGCAAUUCCCCCACUUAAAUUCACACACAACCAACACCGUCACCGCUCCAUUCCUAUCCAUUCCCCAAUCUCCAAAACCGCCAAUGUCGACUCACCGCCGGACACUCCUCUCCGCCGUCCUCCUCUGCCUCCUCCUCUGUUCCCUCCCCGCCACUCCCACCGCACAGCCACAGCCGGCCUUCCGCUGCUCCGCCAACGCCACGUGCCGCUCGCUCCUCGGCUACAAGCCCACAAACGCCACCACCCUCUCCGCCGUCCAAACCCUCUUCGGCGUCAAGACCCUCCGCCUCCUCCUCGGCGCCAACGACCUCCCGCCCUCCACCCCGCCCACCACCGCCAUAUCCCCACAGCAGCUCCUCCGCGUCCCCAUCCCCUGCAUCUGCGUCAACGGAACAGGGGUUUCCAACAAGGUCCCAAUCUACACCGUCCAGCAAGGGGAUUCCCUCUCCGUGAUCGCCACCAGCGUGUUCAUGCGCCUGGUGACGUUCCAGCAGAUCGCGGCAGCGAACAGUCGGAUCGUCCCUGACCCGAACAUGAUCGAGCCGGGGGAGAAGCUUUGGAUUCCCCUGCCGUGCAGCUGCGAGGAUGUGGAAGGGGAGAAGGUGGUUCACUACACGCAUUUGGUGGAGGCAGGGAACAGCGUGGAAGGGAUUGCGAGUGAGUUCGGGACGAGUAAUGAGACUCUGUACCGGCUGAAUGGGAUUGCGAGUGACAGGCAGCUGAUUGCUGGGACUCCGUUUGAUGUCCCGCUGAGAGGUUAGUGAAGUUCUUGUUGCUACUUUUUUUAAUUGUCGAUCUGAUUUGUGAUUGGUUUUGGAUUAAUGUGUGUAGUUGAUGUUCGUGAGUGAUAGUGUAAGUGGGAGAGGUAUGGUUUUCGCGUCCGGUCCAGAAUCUGAUUGAAUUUGAGAACGAAUUAGAUCAGAAGUGAAGGGAACAUGAGGAUUCAUCAUUCGAUUUCACCUUUUUGCAAAACAAAAGAUCGAUUUGACCAUGGAGAUGGGUCGACCAAAUUAGUAUCACACAUAACACCCUGUUUUGACUUGGAUCUCUUUCACAGCUGGGAUUGAGAUUCUUCACAACUGUCAAUAUGGGUCGACCAAAUAAGCCAACCACCCUUGC